AUGGCUAUAUUUUGGGAACGAGUACUUGUUUAUUUUAAUUCACAAUUGAGUAGUGAAUCAAAUCGAAAUCGUAUUUCUUUGACUCACCGUUGGUCUGCCAUGCAAAAGGUCACUGAAGCGAAGCAGAUGUAUCAUGCAAUACAGAAGAAACACUUCACAUUUGAUACAUGUUGGGAGAUUUUGCGCCAAAGUUGUAAGUGGGAUGAAUUUCGAUCAAAAAGAAGCACGCAACAUGCUGAUCCAUGUUCGAAUCCACCAAGUGAAUAUGAGGCUUCUCAAUCCAACCAGAAUAAUGCGGUGCACGAACAACCAUCUAAUACAUCAACACGACUAAUUGGUACUAAGGCAGCGAAAGAGAAGUUGAAGAAUCAAACAACUUACGAUAGUAGAUUUGACGAAAUGGCUGCCAACCAAUCCAAAAUUGUUGAAGUGUUAUCAACUAGCUCCGCUAGAACUAUUCAGCGAGAUGAACAAAAGGCGAUAGACCGUGAGCAGAAGGCUGCAGAGCGUCGAACAAGGGCCGAAGAUAGGGAGGAACAUCUAAAACUCCUAUCUAUGAUGAAUGAAAGAGAAUAA